AUGUCGUGUCCACGUCGUUCGCGUUACAGAUACUCUCUUCCAGGCUUACCGGCGGCGCCAGAUGUCUCAAAAUUCGUGUCAGCAACGGCCAACGGAAGCUUGCCGGAAUCUUUCGAUGAGGCGAAAGCUAGACGCGCUGUUGAAGUAUCGGACAGGGUCAUCGCCGAACUCGACGAACUCAAGGACGAAGUCCAGGACUUCUUGAUUGACAUCGAAUCUCGCCGAGAGGCGUAUGUGAAAUGCUCUCAAGCGCACCGGGACACUCUAAGCCUGUUCCUCCGCCUCCGACCCGAUCCUGAGUAUCAGGGGGGCGAUAACUCGAAAGAUCAGUCGAAGACAAGGGAAAAGCUCAAAAAGGACAAAAGUAUUCUCAGUUCAAAACGACCUACCGAUCCAGAGUCUGUGAAGGUCCGACAAUGGCGAUUGGAGCUCCAGAAGGCGUUCCUGUGUCCCAAGUGUCCGCCGAAAGAAUAUAUCAUGCAGGAAAUAGACGCUUUGUUCACUACGUUAGAAGGGUAUCACGGUAUGACGCAUGAACAAUACUCGUGUUCGAAGAUGAACAAGGUGUUGAGACAUAUAGCCGCUUUGCCAGGGGACAAGGUGCCACGCGACGCCGAGUUCAGAUUCCGCGCUCGCUCCAGGGCUCUCACCGAGAAGUGGCACGCUCAAUUCGCUCAAGUCGGUGCAUCUCUGACCUCUCCGCCUGUCGUAUCAGAGGGACCUGGGGAUGGGAUGCCGGAGAAAAACGAAAAGAAGGAUGGCAGCGACGAGGAUUACGAGAUUGUUGAUUCAAUGGAGAGGGUGGACCUGGAGAAUGGAACCAUAGGUAGUCCUGGUACGACAAUGUUUAGAAAUUUGCCUGCCUCCGUGUUACCCAAGCUCCGGCCAGUUCCUUCGUACCCGUCUCAUUGGUAUUUUGAAGCCGGAUUCGCCUCCCAUUCUUUCUCGUCCUAUUACAUUGAAAAGGUGCCUGCCAAAAUUGGCUUAGACCUUUACGGUACUUUCCCAACGGUUGGUUUGCUUCGACCUGAGCUAACUUCGACGACGUACGCAAAUCCUCCAGUCUCGGGGACUGGCACCACGGCGGCCUACCAGCGCAGGCUCGUCGGAUCCAGUACAACCUGCGGUCCACCAACACCCGCAGUUGCCGAAACCGUGUUCUCCCCUUUCCAAUUCGCGCUCGCGCCGGCCUUCGCACCACUGGAGCUCGAACCCACCCACCACUUCAAACCACCCCCAACUCCCACCCCACUCAAGGCAUUCGACUUCUCCCUAGCCACGUCUUCUGGUCCUCGAACCCGAUCUACAGCCUCUAACAAUUUCGCCGUCACCUCUUCGUCGUGCCUUCGGGUUGAGGCAACAGCCGCGGCUGGUGUUGAAAAACCGUCAUAG